AUGCAUACACCCUCGCUUACACGCUUCCUUGCAAGCGCCAUCUUAAUACAAACCAGCAUAGCAGGCUAUGCCCUAAUAGACGACUUCAGCAAAGACACCUUCUUCGGCAACUUCACCCCCUUCUCCCAAGAAGACCCCACCCACGGCUUCGUAACAUACAACUCAUACGCCGCCGCCGACUCCAAAAACCUCAUCAAAACCGUCCCCAACGCCAACUUCGCCUCUUACCUAACCGCCGACCCGACCUCCACCACGAACGCCGGCCGGGACAGUAUGCGUAUCGCCUCCAAGAAAUCAUACAACCACGGCCUCUUCCUCGUCGACCUCCUGCACAUCCCCUCCCCCGUCUGCGGGUCCUGGCCCGCUUUCUGGCUCUUGGGGGCAGGAACCUGGCCCGCAGGUGGGGAAAUCGAUGUUAUUGAGGGCGUCAACAUGCAGGAAAGGAAUCAGAUGACGUUACAUACGUCUGCGAACUGUGCGCUGGACUCUAGCGCCGGCUUCACUGGUACAUCUAAUAAGACGGAUUGUGGGCCUGAUAAGGAAAACACGGGCUGCGCCAUCACGGCGAAAGAUUCGAGCAGCUUCGGCGCGGGCUUCAACCAGGGAAACGGCGGCGUGUACGCUACCGAAUGGACUAGCAGCGGCAUAUCGAUAUACUUCUUCCCCCGCGCCAACAUACCAGCCGACAUCCAGUCCUCUACCCCCGACCCGAGUAAAUGGGGGCAACCCCUCGCCAAAUUCGCCGGCAAAGGAUGUGACUGGGACGCGCAUUUCAAAGACAUGAAUAUCGUCUUCAACACCGCCUUCUGCGGCGACUGGGCGGGAAAGGACUCUGUCUGGGAGAGCGGCGGAUGCGCUGCCAAGACGGGGAAGAAGACUUGUCAGGAGUUUGUGGCGAGCAGUGGGGCGAGUUAUAAGGAUAGUUUUUGGUUGGUUAAUUAUGUUAGGGUGUUUCAGCAGCAGCAACAGCAGCAGCAGAGUCAAGGGCAGGGGCAGGGGCAAGGGCAGGGUGGGGGACAAUACGCCUCAACGACAACUAUGCACGUCACGCGAACGACGGUCGUGCCAGCUCCUACUGCCAACGCCCAGCAGCAGCAAGCCACUCCAUCCCAACAGCAAGCCUCUCAGCCUCAGAAACCAGCUCAACCCCAACAACAACAACAGUCCCCCCAAUCCCCGCAAGGCGCACAAAACCAGCACCAAUCCGGCCCGCAGCAAGAAGCCGCUAUGGCGCAGGGGGAGGUGGAUAAGGAGCAGACAAAGGCCGCUGGUAGUCGUAGGGCGAGGCGGGGGUCGUGGGAGGCCGUGAGGGCUUUGGUGAGAAGGGAUGUUGAUGUUGAGGAGGAUGUUGGGGAUGGAGGGGAUGGAGGUCAGGGGCAAGUUGAUGAUAGAGAUGAGAAGGGGGAGAGGGGGGAGAGGGGGGAGAAGGGGGAGAAGAUGACGGAGGAGGAGGGGAAUGGGGAGGGGGGCGGGGGGGGGAGAGGGGAUUGA